UCCGUGACUUGCUUAAGGUUUUUUUUUUUUUUUUGAGAGUGGCUGAGCUCUGGUGUUGAAGCAAUACACGCACAUUUCUUUUCAUUUCUUCUCUUCGUUUAAACAUAAAACCGUCAAAGCAGGAUGAAUAGCUUACUAAAAUACACUUCUCGGUGUUUGCGGUUCGGAGCGGCGUACUCUCUACCCGGACAAGCCGAAGGACGCGUGUGGACGGCCUCUACACGACUCUUGUGCGCGGCGUCGGACCUCCAAAAAGACCUUGGCAAGAUGGUGAAGAAGGACAAGGUGGUGGUUUUUAUGAAGGGGACUCCAGCUCAGCCCAUGUGUGGUUUCAGCAACGCCGUGGUCCAGAUUCUGCGGAUGCACGGAGUAGACGAGUACGCUACGUACAACGUGUUGGCCGACGAGGAGCUCCGAGAAGGAGUCAAAAUGUUCUCCAACUGGCCAACGAUCCCUCAGGUCUACUUCAAUGGAGAGUUUGUGGGAGGCUGUGACAUCCUCCUCCAGAUGCACCAGAAUGGUGAUCUGGUGGAUGAGCUGAAGAAGCUGGGCGUCCAGUCUGCAUUAUUGGAUGCUGAAAAAGACUCCAAGUAGAUGAGGAAGAUCCUAGAUGAGAACUUAAAUGUGCUUAAAAACACAUUUACUCGGUUGAAUCUCACUUGUUGUACUCGCCAGACAAAAUUGACUCUUCUGACUGACAAUGUAGAUGUGAUUGAGGGCUAAAUGUAUGAGCAGUUUAGGGGGCAGGACAGUGGAUUCUGAGAUUCCCUGAAUUCUAACCUGGAAUUAUCUUUUAAAUAAGUAGCACACACGAGCAUUGUUAAACAGAAAUGUUGGUUGUCUCAUCACAACUUCCUGAAAAAGGCUGACCCCAACACUGAGCUACGAGCUUUAAUACUGAAAUGACUCCUCAGGAUGACUUCACACCAUUGUUCAAGUUGGACCAGAAUGCAAUGUCAUCGCACCAGAAAACAUCCAAAUACACUUGUGUAAAGAAGGGACAAUUUUGUCUUGAAUUAUUAUUGAUUAAAGUGAAUAUUGCUAAGAGA